UUUAUAAUGACUUGGAGUGUGUUUCCAUUUCUGUUGGCGGCUCUCUUACGGCCGGUUCGUGGAGAUCUGGAUGCCCAAAGCCGCAUCAUUGGAGGAUAUGCUGUGGACAUUGAAGAUGCCCCGUACCAGGCGGAAGUGAUAAUAGAUGGCACUGCUAUAUGCAGUGGGGCCAUCAUCACAUCAGACACCAUUCUCACGGCAGCUUCGUGUGUCCAGUCCUACAGUUCAAUUGAAGUACGCGUGGGCACCAGCUCCCGCGAUUAUGAUGAAACUGGAUUCCUGCUCGACGUCUGUGAAAUAAUUGAUCACCCGCAGUACAAUUGCUGGCGCUUCGAUAACAACCUGGCACUGUUGAAGUUGUGCGAUCCGCUCAAGACCUCCGAUGGUAUCCAGCCCAUCAGCAUAGCAGAGGAUGAGCCGGACGAUGGUUCCUGGUGCACUGUUUCCGGCUGGGGAUCCACCAGUUGGUGGGGCAGCUGGUGGGACAGGUGCUUCGGCAGUCUGCCAGACUAUCUGCAGAUGGCAUGGGUCAGCGUCUACAACCGGGAGCAGUGCGCCGCGGAUCGGGGUGUUUGGUUCGACCUCUGGGACAAUGGCAUCUCGUACCUUACCCUCUGCACUCAGUAUGGCGCCGGAGGAUGCUCCUACGAUACGGGAGCUCCCUUGGUGAAAGAUGGACAACUAGUGGGCAUUCUAUCCGAAGGCGGCUGCACCACCAAGCCAGAUGUCUUCGCCAACGUACCUUGGUUCACAGGUUGGAUAGCCGCGAACACCGAAGACGAGGAUACAACCGAUUCGACAAGUACUUCUAUUGCUAGUAGUACCACUGUUGCUAGAACUACAGCUGCUACUGUACCUAGUACUGAACCCAGCACAGUACCUGUUACAGAACCUAGUACUGAACCUUCCACCAGUACCGUAUCCAGUACCAUAUCUAGUACCUUGCCUAGUACAGUAUCUAGUACUGAAGACAUUACUGUACCGAGUACUUUAGUCAGUGCUGUGCCUACUACUAUACCUAGUGCGGCACCUAGUACUACUGCACCGAGUUCUGUACCUAGUGCCGAACCGAGUUCUGUACCUAGUACCGAACCGAGUUCUGUACCUAGUACUGAACCGAGUUCUGUACCUAGUACUGAACCGAGUUCUGUACCUAGUACUGAACCGAGUUCUGUACCUAGUACUGAACCGAGUUCUGUACCUAGUACUGAAUCGAGUUCUGUACCUAGUACUGAACCGACUACCAUACUUUCUGCUGUACCCAGUACUGUGACGAGUACUAUAGCGAGUACUGAACCCAGUACAGUACCUGGCAAUGCCCCCAGUACUUUAGCCAGUACAAUAUCUAGUACUCCCGUUACUACGUUGAGUCCUUCGCCUAGCGUAACAACUACGAUUAUGACGGAAACUGCACCAAUAUCCACUGAAAGCCCUGAUCCCGAGGGAUAAUAAAGAUAGCCUAGAAUAGUUAAUGCCUUUAAAUGUUUAACUUUAAGCUAACUAAUUAACACUCCUAAAUAAAAGAAACUGUGACAUCAGCUUUC